AGCCCACUCGCAAAGCUCCCAAUCUCCAUCCAACGGGAAGAUGCCGACACCCUUUCCUCGAACGAGAGCCUGGCUGGGGAGAUGAAGAGGGUGUCGAUAAUCCAGUCCCGUUCAAUGAGCUGACGAUGUGUGAGCUCUCUGCAACAAUACGUGAUAAACCUAACUGGUGGGAGAAAUGCAAGGAUCCAGCAAUUCGUGCCAAGUGGAAGGAGGAGGCCGCAACUCAAAAGUGGAGCUAUAAGUGUCGGCCGCUUCAGGAGGACGAGAUAGACUAUGUGCUCGAUGAGCUUGAAGAAUAUGCUGCUGUUCGAGAUUCAGAUACUGGAAUUGAACCAUCUUGCUAUCGUCGAAUCUGGCAAUCAGACAACCUAAUCGAAAGCACCCUUCGUGAAUCCCUUGUAUCCUCUGUAGCAUCCCUCGAGAACGUCCCCGAUGCUGAAAAAGACUGGCAUCCACGGGCCAACGAGCAAGUCUUGGACCUCGUCCAUCCUUCCCUUUACUGUAUCGUUUACGACCGUACUCUCAUUCGGAACGCCGACGGAUCAGCUGUUCCCCUUCGAUGUGAACUAUCGCAAGACGACGACUCAGUCGCUGAUUAUACCAUCUCGCGUUUCUCAUGGCUCCCUACAGACUUUCUCAUCUCGCUAGAUGGCAAAAGCGCCAAGAGUUUAGGAUAUAUUAAUAGCAUCCAUCCGAGAAAUGACGCUGCACUACGCACCGUCAUCGAGACACUCGUCGCGCGUUUCAUCCCACUGUGGUCACGCGUACUCGCCGAGUCUAAAGAAGAUUACAAACUCCCAUUACGGACUCUCACAAACUAUUACUGGGAUCCUAUAGACUGGGAUCAUUCUCGUCUACCAGAGAACCCGACUGGCGAGGAUUACGAGGUGCAGUACCAAGCUUGGAAGGCAAUACGUACAAUGCAGUACCCCCGUUUGUUGGAGCCUUACCAUCCCGAUGAUCUGGGCUUUCCAGAACCAAUGGACCUGAAUGGGAGAAAGCUCCAGGUCAUCAUCAAGCUUGCGAAUAUUCUCUUGACACCAGAAAAACCUGUUUACGAAGGAGGAUCCUGGCACGUCGAAGGCAUGAAGAACGAAUGUAUCGUCUCCACAGGGAUAUACUAUUACGACCAAGAGAACAUCUCGCAGAGCAAGCUUUCUUUCCGCGUGAGCGUCGCAGAGCCAGAGAGCUAUGACCAGGAUGACGAGGACGGACACUAUGGCCGUCUGGGGCUUAUCUCGCCGUUGAACCAAGUCAUCGGAAGUGUAUCCACCAAAGCGGGCCGUUGCAUCGCGUUUCCCAACAUGUACCAGCAUUGCGUGUCGCCGUUUUCCCUUCUGGAUCCCUCAAAACCGGGGUAUCGAAAGAUCAUCGCGCUCUUUCUGGUUGAUCCCGAGCUGGAGGUCCCAAGGCCGUCUACGACAAACGUGCCGCCUCAGCGCCGCGAUUGGUGGUCCCAAGAGCUGCUUGCGCUGGCGGAGGAAGGUGAUAGUUUGUUGGGACGCCUGCCUACGGAGUUGUUGGACCUUAUUUUGGACUUUAUGGAACUUAUGACGAGGGAGGAAGCAGAGGAGUUGAGGCUCCGGUUGAUGGAUGAGCGGACGGCGUUCAUUAGUGAGAAUAAUGAGAAUAUGUUCGAUACUCCAUUCAAUAUGUGCGAGCAUUAGUGUAUUUUAUUAGUAUUUAUGUUCCUGAAUGGGUUCUUGUAGUCUGUUAUCGAGCGUACAAACAUACAUAUGGCAAAUCGAAAGAUAUAGAAGGCACCUAGAGGGUAAAAAAGGCAUAAAGGCAGGAAAGAAGACAGAUCGGUACCAUAGAGAUGAAAGGAAGUCGAUCCGAAUGCCUAACCAGUAACCAGAAACGCAAAAAGUCAAUGUUAAUCUCAGCGGACAAAGUCUUCCCACCCCAAGGAUCCCUCACGAAGUCCAGUUAUUCAGAUAUCGAGCACAGUCACUGUCCAGCUCCGUGCAUGCAGGUGGACCAUCGGUAAAGUUUGUGGAACUCGUCAAUAAGAGCGAAGAGGUGGGCGUCGGG